AUGCCACCCUUUAAGGAUGAGCAUAUCCUCAUUAUUGCGCCAGGCUCACAAACAACUCUUGCACAACUGGGACUUCCUGAAUCUUUCACUCCACCACAACGAAGAUUUCCCACUCGUAUGUUUCUAGCUCCUGAUAAAAAAACCUAUGAGCCAUACAGAAUUCGACCAAAAAAGAAAGAUGCUCCAGCCACAGCGAAUGUGGAUACUGAGAUGGGUGGAAUCAAAGAAGACAAGGCAGAUGGGGAGGAAGAUUUAGAAGAGGUUCCUGAGGAUGAUGGGGGUGCUAUUUGGCCAUUGAAAGAGGGUCGAAUUGAGAACCUUCCAGCUUUCUGCGCUUUCUUACAUCAUGUUCACAAUCAAUUGUCACCAACUCUUCACACACCUAUUAUGUUGAUCGCACAGCCUGCAUGGACCGCCAAGAACCAUGAAGACCUCACUCAAUUCAUAUUCGAGAAGUUCAGAACUCCCGCACUUUGUAUCAUGGACAGUGCUUUGGCAACUUCAUAUGCCUUUGGAAUUGCAAAUUCAACGGUCAUUGAUGUAGGAUUCGAAAAGGUUGACGUUACCGCUGUUACGGACUUUCAAAUAACCGGCAGAGGAAACAUACCACAAUCGGGGGGAGAGGCUAUGACAUUACGUUUACAAGAGUUACUCAAGUCGAAGGAUUUUACAAGGGAUAUGGCGGAGCAAUUGAAAAAGAGUUCAAUUUGUGAGAUCUUACCUCCAGGGACUCCUCUACCAGGUGGCGAGGAGAAUGUAGAUGCAGUAAGUAACUCUGUGGUUGCGGCUUCCACUGGUGCACAAUCCUCUGGGACAAAUGUUAGAGUUACAGAAGCCCCUCAAGGACCUGGAUACGAUACCGAGGUCGGAGAAGAAGAUACGAUCAAUGGUAUCGAGGUUGCAGAGGAAGAUGGUGUAUUAGACGUCGCCAGUAUCGUGGCAAAUGGAAAGGCCCAAGAAUACCUUGCGAAGAUUGAAAGAGAGAAAGCUGGAAAAGCUUCCAAGAAAGCCCAGAAGGACAAAGAGGCAGCGGAGGCAGCAGCAGCAAAGCCGUUGAGACUACCAAAUUCGAAGAGACCUCGUGCUACGUUCCACUACGAAUCAUCACUUCCUGAGCCAGAUACAAAGCGCCAAAAGACACCCGAGCCAGUCAUCGCGGCGAACCACGAAGGCGCACCAUCUCCUAUCGAAUCGACGAAAAUUACCGAUUCACCCGCCGACCCCCUCGUUGAGGCUGCAACUAGCACCGAUUCAGCUGUUACAGUAGAUGGAGCUAUAGCUCGUGAUCAAGCAAAGACUACACGUAGACAGAAAGCAUGGGAGGAUGAACACCCGGAUCGCAUGAGAAGAGAUAUUGAUAUUGGUUUAGAACGAUUUCAAGCAGCAAGCGAGAGUUAUAUGGACGCAAUCGCGGAUACGGUCUAUAGAACAAUACUCUCCGUUGACGAUAUUUCUAAACGCCAAGAUGCUUGGGACUCUUUGAUCAUCUGUGGAUCAGGAUCAAAGGUCAGAGGUUUCAAGGAUGCGCUUAUUACAACUCUCAAUAGCCGAUAUCUUAUUUCACCCAGCUCUGCAACCAUUUUCAUGAGCGAACUCCCUUCGAACCUAGCAACACCUUCUGGCACAGGUUCCAUGACACCAAAUGCUUCUUUCUCCUCAACACCACAUCCAGUACCCUCAGCCAGUGCAGUAAAUCCAUUACUUCUUGCAGCCACCACUGCAUCUAAUCCUGCCCUGAACCCCAACGUGUCGAUCGCUUCAUUUAACAGCGGGGCAAAUGCUCAGCAUUCAUCACACUCACAAUCCCCUACUAGCAUCAAGGUCGCCAGUCCUCCAGUCUAUUUCCCAGAAUGGAAGACUUAUGAAGAAGCCGUGUUCUUAGGAUCUCAGGUCGCUGCCAAAGUGAUUUUCGUUGUAGAUCAAGGAUUGUCAAAGGGUUUUUUGUCGCGAGUCGAUUUUAAUGAAGAGGGACCAACUGCUAUCCACCAAGUUGGACUUGUGUAUUAA